CUUUUCUUAGCCACCGGCCACCUCUGCAACCAUACUCCCUCUUCCUCUUGGACCUCUCUCUGCACAUCGCUACAAUGGGUCGCUUCUUGGAUCUCGCUCUCCUCCUUUUUGGCUUCCAGGCUGCAGGCAUCUUCGCCCAAGCAGAUGCGGAGGUGGAAGAAGAGAUCGAAAAUCCCUCUCAGUCUCCCGCCCUUGCCGUCUCGGUCGAAGCGACUUUCCCUGACGCGGAAAUCUUCGGCAUCAAGAUCACCAAUGGCAGACCCUACGAAUCACGCCUCGCUUUUCUGAACGAGGAGCCCGAGCCUGUCACGGUUCAAUUCGUUGGUGGGAGUCUGUGGACAUUCGAAGGCACGAAUCCUCGCAUUGUUCGAAACCUCACUACCGCUCAAUAUGCUGUUGAGAUACCCCCGGGUGAAAAGCAGACGCUGCCCUACCGUUUCCAGACGAACCUUCACCCACAGGACUUGAGACUCAACUUGGCUGCGGUGAUUAGCUCGCAAGACUCCUUCUAUACUCUGCAGGCGUUCAAUGGUACUGUGACCGUGGUUGAGCCAGACGCGAGUAUCUUUGACCCUCAACUUCUCUUCCUGUACUUCUUCCUGCUUGCCUGCGCCGUUGGAGUCGGUUACUUCUUCUACACUAUCUGGAUCGUCCCCUACUUCCCCAAGAAGCGCAAGGCCGUAAAAGGCGGCAAGAGAAGCGACACGGUCAAGAAGGCCGAUACUGGCGUCACUUCGGAUUCCGAGGGCCCGGCUGUUGCAACCGGCAAAGCAUACAACGAGGAAUGGAUCCCGAGCCACCACAUCCAACGACCUGAGGCAAGGAGGGUCAAGAGCGGCGCAAGACCAAAGAGCCGUGGCAAAGCCGAGUAAAUACGCGCUCGCCGAGAAGCCUCUGGGUCUAACCUUUAUUGCCCAAGGGUGACAGAGCUGAGCCGCCUAGGCCUCGUCGAGGUACGGCUUUCGAAGCAUUGGGUGGACAAUCGAAGGAGAAAAUUUACAGCUUCACAAGAAAUUAGGGACCGUCGGCAUCACAACGAAAAGCAGGCAUUGACAAAAAAGACUUUUUGCAUAUGGAACUUCACAUGCUGUACUAGUAUUACAGGGGAAAAACUGCAUUUUGCGCUGAUGCUGGGCCUUUGACGCGCGCAGACGAUUUGGGGAUUUCCGAGACGCACGGACGUGGAGACAGGGUGCCGUCACCAAAGAACAGAAGGACAGGAGCAUGGUGAAUCCGGCGUUUUCAACAUCUUGAAUGCCACCGCCGUCUCGCCAGCCAAACGGAUAUGACGGACUGGUUGAGAGCGCGGCAGGAGCCCGCAUCAGAUUCAUUAUACAGAGUAGAAAAGCGAGAAUACAAAGAAUUCCUCAAGA